AUGUUCUCGAGCUUCGUGCAAAAGGCCCAGCAACUCCUUGACCCGGUGCAGGGAUUGAACCUCUCCGAAUCCGAUCGAAACCCGUCCAAGGCGUCCCUCUUCCAGAACCAGUUCCGACUUCCGUCAUCCCAGCAUCCGCUCUACGAGAUCACCGCGGAACUCACGAUCCCACCAGCAAACGCGACACAAGGCGACCGAGACCGGGGCCGGGGAUUCCAAUACGCUGGCAAGCUCCAUCUAUCAGAGGCUUUCUUAUCGUUUUCAACCACGCCAUCCAGCUUCCUACAGUCGGCGAGUACCACCACCUCGUCAGUUUUCACCGGCCAAACACACGGCGGAGGACCCAGCGGUAAUGGCUUCACCUUUCCCCUUUCCUCCAUCAGGAGGGUUGAGCGGCUCCACAGCCAAAAUUUCCAGUUUGCUCUCUCGAUUUCGACGUGGAACGGCAUAAGUCAGGACGCAGCCAAAGAAAAAGACAAGAAAGAUUUGAAGGAGCAACGGGUAACACUCCAGUUAGCAGGCAGCCGGCAAGCUUGUGAACGUUUCUGCGAUGGGCUCAAGAAGGGGUUGAGGGCGAACGUCGGGAAUGUGACCAAGUUAAAAAAGGUCACCUCGGAGUGCUAUUCCGAAUACCUUCUCCGGCCCGAAGACAAAAAGAAUGCGUCCCCGCCCGACGCCGGCCUGGGCCUGCUCUUUAGAUACCCUGGCGACCCGAAGAAGCUGCGCGACAGGGCCAAAAUGAGGUUAUGGGCUGAAUAUCUGAGGGAUAACGGACGGAACACGACCUUGAUCCGCCAGCCUACGUUUCACAAGCUCAUCAGAGUGGGCUUGCCAAAUCGUCUCCGUGGAGAGAUGUGGGAGCUGACCUCCGGGUCCAUCUAUCUCAGGCUGGAAAACCCGACAUUGUACGCGGACACCCUGACGAAAUUCUCAGGCCAAGAAUCGCUGGCCAUCGACGAGAUCGAGAAGGAUCUCAACCGCAGCUUGCCGGAAUAUCCGGGCUUCCAGAGCGAAGAAGGCAUCGGCCGCCUCCGCCGAGUGCUGACAGCAUACAGCUGGGUGAAUGCCGAUGUCGGGUACUGCCAGGCCAUGAACAUUGUUGUCGCGGCGCUCUUGAUCUACAUGUCUGAGGCCCAAGCCUUUUUCCUCCUCUCCGCCCUGUGCGACCGGUUAGUCCCGGGCUACUACUCGACGACUAUGUACGGCACACUCCUCGACCAAAAGGUGUUCGAGUCCCUCGUGGAGAAGACGAUGCCGAUUUUGUGGGAACAUCUUGUUAAGAGUGAUGUCCAGUUAUCCGUUGUUUCGCUUCCGUGGUUCUUAUCGUUGUACAUCAACUCGAUGCCCCUGGUGUUCGCAUUCCGUGUUUUGGAUGUCUUUUUCGUCGAAGGCCCCAAGGUCCUCUUCCAAGUGGGCUUGGCUAUUCUCAGGAUCAACGGUGAAGACCUGCUGGACGCGGCAGACGACGGUGCCUUCAUCUCGGUUCUUAAAUCCUACUUUGCUUGCCUAGACGAAUCUGCGCACCCCAAAUCUGAAAACCCCAAGCUGCGGGCGGUCACCAAAUUCCAGGAACUCAUGGUUGUUGCCUUUAAGGAGUUCUCCGGGAUCACGCACAGCAGCAUCACUGAGCUCCGGCUCAAGAACAAGGACGCCGUGCUCAACAACAUCGAGAACUUUGCCAAGCGCACAGCCAUCCGGAACCUGGGCCCGGAUAGCAAACUACUCAAUAACGAUGAGCUGGGCGCGCUGUACGAUCGGUUCUACACCGUCCUGUACGAGAGGCAGCAACGAGACCAUAUCAUAAAGCAAGAGCUGGCGAGACGGGCUAAAAGCAGCCGGUCGCGCAUCGCUGAAGCGGCCCGCGACAGUGAACAUGGCGUAGAGAAAGGCCGAGUGGGCCUCGGGCCCAGCACAAGCCUCAUGGAUUACGAUGCGUUCCGCGAAUUCUUGGCCGGCAUGUCCAAGUGGGCCAUCUCCGAUGCGCCGUCGACGCCUCAACGAGAUGGGUUUUCGGACAAAGACAAGGGCCUGUACGGCAGCUUCAGGCGGUCUGAUGCUCCCCUAUCUCCGUGGGGGGCGGGUCCGGAACCGGCAGAACACGAGUUUCUCCAGAGAUUGUUCCAGAAAUGGGAUACCGACUCCUCGUCCGCUCUCACCCUGCAAAAGGUUGUGUCUGGCUUGGCCCGGAUCAAGGGCAAGCGCGACAUCAUGGGCUCUAUCAACUACUUCUUCGAGCUUCAUGACGAUGACGGAGAUGGCAAGGUUGACCGCGAAGGCAUCCUGCGCAUGUCGGAAGCCCUGUUGUUCUUGUCUCGCCGUGGGCUGGAAGGGACACUUAGUCCAUCAAAUUCCUCUCUAGCGCUGGGCGCCGACGCCGCGAACGGUAGCCAGGGCGAUGUGCCCGGCCAGCCCGUAAGCGAGCGGUUCCUUGGAAGCGUCAGUGCAUUCAUCAGGAGAUGCUUCGAAUACGCCGACCCAGACCAUCCCAAGAACCAAGAUAGCGCAGUGCAAGAAGUGCAGAAAAAGCUCGAGUCCACGCAGCUCGGGAGCUCGGCCGCCGACGAACUCGCUAACCCUGAUGCGUUUGCUAUCGGCGAUGACGACGAUGAGGAUGAAGACGACAGCGACGAGGAUGAUGAGGAUGACGAGGGCGACCUUCUCGCCAUGGAUUCACCCACAGGUAGCCCCAAGGCAGCAGCCAAGAAGCCCUCAACAUCCCCACCGGCUCUCCAGCUCAACUCAACGACGCUAGCACCCACCGAAGACACAGACAGCCGCCGGCGCGUCUCCAAAGCACAAUCCGAAAAAGCCAACGUCGCCCUCGACCCGUCUAACCCGCUGCACAUCACCCUCCCCACGUUCCGCAUGGUAGUCCUCGCCGACGAACUCCUCGAGCAGUUCUUCGAAACCUCGUUCCCGGCCUCCUUCCACAUCAUCGACGGCCUUGCCACCACCGCCACGCCAACCAGCGCAUCCUCCCUCACCACCUUUUCUAGCAUCGGCCUCGGCGCCGGCCGCGCUGUCGGUGCUGCCCUGGGCGGCCAGGCCGGCAGCGGUGUCAGUGGCGGUGUCCCCGGCCUAGCUGGUGGUGCCGGCCGCGGUCUGCGCGGUGUGUUGGACAAUAUCGUCACAGAUGGCAUGCGCGUUGCGGCCGAAGUGCGCCGGCGUAUGGAGGAGGCACAGAAGGAGCUAGAGAAGAAUGCCCUGCCCGGCCAGCAGCCGCCUAGACCGGGGGCCGGGGAUGAUGAAGAGGAUGAUGAGGACGAGGACCCCGCGUUUGAUCGCGGGUCGACGAAGAGCGGGAAAUCGGGCGCUGGUGUUGGGGUUGUCGGUCUCGGUGGAGCGUACCGUGGGGAUCCGGAGCGUCGGAGUGUGUUGAGUUCUGAUCGGGAUUUAUUGACCGGGGCGGAUGCCGAAGCAAGCGAUGGGGCUUUGGUGGGUGAGUUAGGUGGGUUAGAUGGAAGCGGAGAGUCCUCCUCAGCGACGGCACAGGGGGGAGGAAGUGGGGGAGCAGGAGCGGGAGGCAACACAGGGAAGGUCGUUGGUGUUGAGUUUGAUGGUUAG